AUGUUUCGUGACUUAACUAAGAAGCAAUUUCAUCCGUCACCAAAUGCAGAUGGACUUGAGAUUGCACUGAAUGUUGCAGUACAUCCGAAUGAGACAUACGUUCCAAGACCUCCUGAUCCUGGACCUCUCAAACUUGGACCUCUCCCAAGCGACACAAGGGUGCAUUGA